GGACUGAAAUACACAAAAACCAAACUCGUCUUCCACACUCACUCGCCUUCAUUGAAAAAUCCAGAGUUCCGUGUUUCCAAAUCAUGUCCACUUCUUCUCUCUUAUCGUCACUCUCUUCCCCCUUCAUCCACGAUUCUGCACCUGCUCGCCAUGGAACGAAGCUCCUUCCUUCUCCUCACUCCAUCACCACGCGAUGCUCCAAGUAUUUUUCUGCUAAGUGCUCCCUCGACCACAUCCCCAAGCAGUUCCGGCAGGAAAAUCUCAAAGAUGGAUUGAUGGACAACUUCAAGAAUGCACCUAAAUUUUUAUAUGGCCUUUCUCCAUCACAAAUGGACAUGUUCAUGACCGAAGAUAAUCCUGCCAGCAAGCAGGCUGAAAGAGUUACAGAGGAUAGCAUCUCAUCUGCCAAGAAUUAUUUGGAUCAUGGUGGAAUGUGGAGUAUGUCUAGCUCGGACAAUAAUGGCCCUGCAAAAUACAGCAUGAGUGUUAGUAUGUAUCGAGGAGGAGGUAGGGGAGGCGGAAGGCCUAGAACUGCUCCCCCGGACCUGCCUUCUCUGCUUUUGGAUGCUCGAAUAUGCUAUCUCGGUAUGCCGAUUGUUCCAGCUGUCACAGAACUUCUUGUUGCUCAAUUUAUGUGGUUGGAUUAUGAUAACCCUACCAAACCUAUUUACUUAUAUAUUAAUUCAUCUGGAACCCAAAAUGAGAAGAAUGAGACCGUGGGAUCAGAAACUGAAGCCUACUCUAUUGCGGAUAUGAUGUCUUAUGUCAAAGCUGAUGUCUAUACUGUGAAUUGUGGCAUGGCAUAUGGCCAAGCAGCAAUGCUUCUCUCACUUGGAGCAAAGGGUUAUCGCGCUCUACAGCCAAAUUCAUCCACAAAAUUAUAUCUUCCAAAAGUUAACAGAUCAAGUGGUGCUGCUAUAGACAUGUGGAUUAAGGCAAAAGAGUUGGAAGCGAAUUCUGAUUAUUACAUUGAGCUGUUGGCGAAAGGAAUUGGGAAAUCAAAGGAAGAAGUUGCUAAAGAUGUCCAGAGGCCUAGAUAUUUUCAACCAAAGGAAGCCAUAGAGUACGGAAUCGCUGACAAAAUAAUUGAUUCUCAGGAUGCUGCAUUUGAGAAGCGGAAUUAUGAUGAAAUGCUUGCUCAAUCAAGAGCUAUGAGGAAACAAGCUGGUGGCAAUCCUCAAGCAGCUCCUUCAGGAUUUAGGUAAUCUCACACAGGAGUAUGAUUCUCUCAUGUCACAUGACAGUAUCAUGUGAAGUUUCCACAUGAGAGAAUAUCCUCACACAAAACAUGAGGACAUCUAUUCUGCUCCGCAUCGGUGUUGGUGGGUGGGUUUGGUUCAAGUUGACGCAUAGUAUAGAAAGGUCAAGCAGCUAUCUUCUUAUAUCAAGGCCAAAUGGAAAUUUUAUCUAUGCAGUGAAUCGUGGUUCUUGGGGUGAUUUGUUAUAUACUUAUAUUUUUAGUCGAAUCCCCUGUGCUUUGUUUCAACAACUAAAGAAAAUGACCAGUGCUUAGGGAUUAUUUUCUUGAGUUGUAAAUAUUGAACCAAAACCCAUGUCAUAUAGACUUGAUGGGUGUAUUCUGUAGUAGGGAUGACGAUGAUAUCAUAGUACACUGCUCAAAUAAUACUUUUAGUGCUCAUACUAUACAUAAUUGGUACCUAACUGGCUAUUUAGCCAUCUUCAAAUUCA